AUGGCUUCCAUGACUAUGACAGCCUCAUUCUUGGGUGGCUCUCCCAUUUCCAAACAACCUCCCACCGCCACACGCCGCAGAGGGGUUGUCAUGGUUAAGGCCUCUAAGGAGGAAAAGGUGGUGAUGGGCACCAAGGAAGAGGGCAACAGCACUAGAAGGGACUUGAUGUUUGCGGCCGCAGCCGCAGCCGCGUUUUCAGUUGCAAAAGUUGCCAUGGCUGAUGAGCCUAAACGGGGGAGUGCAGAAGCUAAAAAGAAGUAUGCACCUAUUUGUGUUACUAUGCCUACUGCCCGCAUUUGUCGCAAUUGA